UUCAUACGUUGAAGCUCUCACAACAACCAACUGCUCCUUAUGGAAGGCAACCAAAUCCCUACUACGGUUAAAACAACCUUCUCCCCCUCUUCGCAAAGCAGAUCACUCUUGGGCUAUCACUGACCUCGAAAAAGUUAACAUAUUCGCUGAGCACCUAUCGAAAUGCUUUACUCCUCAUGAUAUACAGCCUAGUGCAUCACAACUAGAAAUAGUGGAUAGCUCCCUCAAUUCACCCCUUCCCAUGUCACUUCCCGCUAAAAACAUUUUAUACAUCUUUAGGCAAAUACGCUGAUGACACGCUAAUAACCGCCUCCCACGAAAGCCACGUCACAGCCAGUGAAAUGAUCCAAAACCAUUUAAAUAUGAUCAGCUUGUGGGCAAACAGAUGGAGAAUCAAAAUAAAAUAAACGAAACUAAAUCUGUUCAAGUAACUUUUUCACUACGUAAUCUCGAUUCUCCACCUGUUACGUUAAACAAUAUAACAAUUCCUAAGGCAAACAAAGUUAAAUGCCUUGGGCUAACUAUCGACAAACGCUUAACAUGGAGCCCACACAUAAAAUUUAAACGUAAAACUGUUAACUCUAGACUUCACAUCCUUAGACCACUCUAAAAUCCAACCUUUCCAAUAAACUUACUAUAUACAAAUCAAUAAUUUGACCAGCUUGGACAUAUGGUAUCCAGUUAUGGGGCUCUGCAAAGCCCUCUAACACUAACACGCUUCAAGCUUUUCAAUCUAUCUGCCUACGAUUAAUAACAUCUUCUCCUUGGUAUUUCACAAACAAUAAUCUUCACAAAGACUUAAAAAUUCCUACACUCAAUCAAUUAGCAAAAGCCCAUUACUCUAAAUUUCACUCCAACUUAAAUUCUCACAGUAAUCCAUUAAUAAAGCAACUUUCUUCCACCUCACUUCUUGGCAAUGUAAUUAGGAGACUCAAAAGACAGUGGCCUAGAGACCUACUAAAAUAAUAAAAAAAAAAAAAAACCACGACAUCUAAAAUGUUCUCGGUCGGGUGGUGCUGCUGAGUGCUUGCCCACAAAUGUUAAAUUCUGUUACUUUAUAUUAUUAAAUAUCCUAUUUGCUCAUUGUACAUAAUGUUGUAUAGAUUGUAAAUUACUCAAAUAAAUAAAAAAAAAUUUUAUAUAUUAUGAGUUUGAAGAUGAAUUUAUCUUGAGGGGACUAAGGCUAAGACCCUAGCCACCCAUUAUAGUAGCGCAUAUGGCUUAUUAUCACGACUAAUAUUUAGGCUGUUGGAAAUGUUCUACAUUUCUACCACAAUUAAUACAAAUCGCGAUCAUUAAAGAUCACGAUUUCAAAAGAGAAUAAACCGCUUUAGCACAUCGCGACCACAAUUUAAAGAUAUUAUAUUAAAAGCAUGACUAAAUAAAUUUGUUCAGUCAUGAUUAAAGGUACCUUAGUAUAACUUUAAUCGUGAUCGCGAUUGACGGCCCAACGUUAGGGACGUUGUGAAACUAUCGAUAUGAAUAAGUAUCGAUACUUUUUUUCGAUAUUUGAGUAUUAUUUAUUUGAUAUUUUCAUUUCGAUAUUUACUCAGUAUCAGUGGAAAAUACUUGUAUCGAAUCGGCUUUUUCUAAAAUAAGAAAUAAUUAUAAUUGUGUCAAACCACAGAAUAUAACGCACUCUUUCUAACCCAAAAAUAAUCAUUUAUUUUGGCGAUGUUCACUAACAAAACUGGUUUUUCAGAAAAAAUACUUAUCCACAAUAGAUUAGUAUUAGGUACAAAUUGAAGUAUUAAAAAAAAAAAUUAAAAUUAAAAAUAAUAUUGUCACAUCUUGCCCAAAUAAGUUUUUUUCAAAAUAAUUUUUGCCCCUUAAAUUUAUAACAAAAUCACAAAUUGAGGUCACAUGAAGUCUUGAAAUUAUGACUGAGAAAAACCGAAAAAAAUUAAUUAAUUCCGAUAUUUGCUACCGAUAAAACAAACGAUUAACGUAAUGAGUACAAGUAUCGAUUCUAUCUUUCAUCACUACUUAACAGUCAACGGACAACGGCCGCUGGCGGCCGUACCGAGCCAAAUUUCUCCCACUCUCGCGCUCGGUCGUGCACGACGGUCGCCGUUCAAAACUGUACGACAAGUAUGCGCCGAUUUCAAAUAAAAUUGUACGUACCUAAACGUUUAGCGCGAGAGUAAACAGUAAUAUAAACAGGUAUAUCAUAAUAGUGGUGUUAAUUGGAACUGACUGUAAUACUGUAUCACUGUAUUAGUCUGUAGUCUGUACACUGUGUAUUGUUCUCAACGGGCUGACGGCGGUAGCGCGCACGUCGCGAACCGCCGGUUCUUGGUGUGGGAUGCGCGCCGCUGAACGUAAAUCGGUCACGGAAAUGGUAUAAUAAUAUUCUCUUUUGAAAUUCAAAUUGAGAUAUUAGUCAUAUAACCAACGUUAACAUAAUACCUUGGGUCUAACAUCAUGUUGAUGCGCGGAAACGUUUUCAUACUCUUCUUUUCUUGUUUUCCGAAUGUUCAGAUCAUAGGUAAACAAUAUUCUAUGGUAAACAAAACCCCAAUCAGCUGAUCGAGUUUCGCUUCCAUAUUUUUCUAUGGCCAUACGAUACCGGUAGAAAUAGAUAGAAACGUCCGCCAUAUCGGAUUAUGAUUUUUACCAUGGACUAAAAUAGACUCUUUAGUGGCGUCGCCGUGAUUAUUACCGAGAAUUUUUUUGCAUUCUACGACUAGGACCUAAUCAGCAUUAGAAAAAACAUUUUGAUGCCAUUGAUUAAAUCCAAUUCUGAUGUUUAUUAUUUAAUAUUUGAAUCUAUAUAUAAUAUUAUAUUAUUCUAUGGUCUUGCACUCUCUACUUGUGUUUUAAAAGUUAUAACUUGGAUACUUGGUGGAAUUUGGAAGAAAAUUCAAUUUUACACUAUUCUAUUAUAUAGGUAUUCACUUUCUAGUUGCAAUAAAUAUGUUUACAUCAAUGUUUAAAUUGCUUUUUAAUGAAUGUGAGAAGAAAACAAAGAUUGCGACGCAUGCAAUAGAAUUUGAAAUAGCUGAAAAUACUCAAAAAUAUGUCAAAGAACUACUUACUGAAAUCAAGAAAGUAAACAUAAAUGCAGAUAAUGGUGAUAGUUGUUCAGUAUCAAAAAAUAACAUUAUUGAUGCUAUUCAGAUACUGCAAGAUAUUCUACAUCAUUUCUUAUCUUCUAAGAGUCAUUUAUAUGCUUUCCCAAAAUAUUCGAAUAAAAGUACUUUAGUUGAACAUUUUGACUACACAAAAUGUGCAAUAAACUCAUUUGGAAAAAACCGACUAGUAUCUGCCUUAGUCAAGGACCUCAAUACCAAAAGAAUUGUAAACCAAAUAAAUAAUAUUCAGUGUUUAUUUACGUGGAACAUAGAACCAAUCAAUAAGAAAAAUGUAAUUUUAUGGAUAUGGAAUAAAUAUGGAGAAUAUAACUUAAAUAUAUCUUCCUCUGAAUUCACAUUAGAAAGGUUUAUAGGUAAUUUAAUUAUUUCCUAUGAAUUUUUUCAUAAGGGUGAACACGAAAUAGCCCAGAUUAAAAUAUUGGAAAUAGGAAAAUGGCUUGAAGAAUUAGAUAAAGGUACUGAUGAGUUUUAUUUAUCUAUUAAUACUGGUCUUCGACAUAUUAUUAUGGCUACCUUCAUUCAUAUGUUAUUUGCUACAAAUCUUACAGAAGAAUGUAAAUGGUUAUUGGAAGAUAUUUCAUCAUUUGCAAAUAUGGAUUCUAAAUUAAGAGCUUCUGUACAUGCAAUACGUGCAGCUGUAUUAAUUGAAUACAGUGAAAAUCUUGUCUAUUUGUCAAAAGCUUGUGAUAUGGCCAAGAAAGCAUGUGAUUUAGAUCCUACAACUUCUCAUUGGUAUUAUAUUCAUUCACUUGCAUUGACAGCUCAAAGACAAUUAUCGUCGACACAUAAAUUGAUACCAGCUGAUGAUGAAAUAAAUGCAAUUCAUCAAGCAAUUGUGUUGUCUAAUGGAAAAAAUCCUCUUUUCAAUUACCAUUGGUUGGUUAUGGAUGAUAUAUCUAUAAAUAAAGAAAACCAAAAAAUUGCAGAUAUGAUCAAAUCCAUUAUGAACAUAGGACCAAAGGACCCUCAUUUGGUAGUUAAAUGUGCUAAAACAUUGAUGACUCUUCCACCUAUGGAUAGAGAUUUUAAUUUGGGAGUACAAUAUUUGAUAAAAGCUUUUCAAAUGUCACAAAAUGAUGGGACUGUUUUAAAGGCUAUCGGACAAGCAAUUGAAUCAUAUUUUUUUGACGAAAUUCGUAAAAAAAUGAAUCUCAAAACAACUGAAGUAUUACAACUAGAAACUGAAUUAGGACUCAUUGUGAAAAAACAUAAGAAUGGUGAAGAUCCUGUUCCUUACCUAACUGAUUUGGUUCCUAAAUAUAAUGGACUCAAUCAAUCAAAAAUUAUAUCUCAGUUAUGUUCAUAUACAUUAUUAUUUACAAACCACUUAAGAUAUAGUAUUGAGCAAUUUAAUAAGUUAAUUGAACAACCAGAAAUUGUCAAUAAUGAUAUAAUUGUUCAUCACAUUUCAUCAUUUGGUUCGAAGAAAUUUAAUUUAUCAGAGCUGAUUUGUAAUGAAAUCAGAUUGGCUACAAAUGCUAGUGGUACCUCUUCUGAUUUAUCUUAUUAUUAUGAAAUGCUAUCUAAAAUCAUAGAAACAAGUAAUUUUAAGAUAAAAGAUGUUGACCCAUUCAUGAAGGCCAAUCUAAUAGUUAAUUCAUCUGCUAAAUCAGCACUUACAAUAACAGUUCAAAGUAAGACUGAAUUAGCAGAUAGUGACAAAAAUGUAACUGUUCAUAAAAAUACUAUUAAAAAUAAGAAAAAAGGAAAUCCUAUGGCAAAGCAGUUGCAAACAACUGGUGCAUUUAUGCAAAAACCUACAUUUGGCAAUACAAAAAAAAACAAGUGGGAAAAAGUGGAGAUUUCUUUAACAAACUAAUUGCCAAGAACUUAGAUUGGCCUAAAACAAAUGCAACAGUCUCAAAAUCUUUUUUUUUUAUAGUGUAAUAAUCCUUAAACAGUUUAACUAAAAACUAUUUUAUUUUUUUUAACAUUAGGUACCUUAAUUUAAUAUACCUAAUGUUUCUUUUGAUGAUAUUAGUAGAUAUUUGAAUUUAAUUAAUGCAAAUUUUAACUCAGCAAAUCGACAAAUUUUAUUUCAAAAUCUACUUCUCCCCUAUUUCCUACUUGAAGACUUGAGGUUUAAGUUUAUUUUUUAUUUUUUUGUAAAAUAUGUACAAUUUGUUCAAUUAUUUCUUUGAAAAAAAUUAUAAUUUUACUUAUAAUUAACUAUACUGUUUUUUUAGUAAA